GGUUACUAAGCUUAAGUUUCAACCAUGUGCAUGAAUUCUGUACGACCUUUUUAUCGCUCGCUGCUCGAGAUACAGUUGAGAACCUCUCAACGGACUUUACGGUGGCCCUCUCAACGACACAACACCAGCAAGUUCUCGAGACUUUCUCGCGACUCGAUAUUCUUUCCCAACUUAAGGAUCACCGCACGUACGAAAUUGAAGAAACCUUCUUUCCAAGUUGCUAUGGAGGGUCGUUCCGAGAUUGAAUACAACAUGAGGUCCAUUUGCAAUCCACGAAGAGGACAGCGAGAAUUUUUCCUUCCUCGUCGAAGCUAGCUACUGCUAAUGAUCAUCGUCAUCUGCCAAAUCCAAACUCCUCGCUUCGCCUCCAUUCUGACCACGUCAAUACAUUCUCACCAUGACCCAUAGUCAGAAUGAUUAGGAGUCUACGUGUCUCCUUCACAUUAGGGUGGUACUACAAUCAACUCACAACACAAACAUUUAGUUUUAGUAGUGAUCAGCAAUAUCUUCGUCUCACCCACCCAUAUGCAAUGCUCGACUCGGAGUCUCGUCCACCGUGCCAUCUCAAGAAAGCAGACUGCGAAAUGAAGCCCGAAACAGGGUUAUUGUCUCUUGCUGAAGAACUGAUGUCUUAUAUUCUCAGCUUUCUUCCUUGUCGAGAUAUUCUUCGUUGCACAUCUGUGUGUAAGACCCUUCGUCAGACGUACAUGUCCUCCUCCGAGCUUCAGUAUAUCGUCGAACUCAAUGGCCAACGGUUGCUCCCUGUCUCCAACACGAACAACCACACUCCUACUUCCAACUGUCUACAGACCUUGAAAGACAGGGCCCACGCAUGGUUCAAGCUUAACAUGCACUCUUUCAAAACAAUCACCAUACAAGACAACUCACUCACGAACAAAAGGCUCGUUAUCGACGGGCAUUUUUACUCGUGGAAUUUUCGUAGUGACCUGGCCAUGAUAAUUCCAAUAUUACCAAAGCCCUCGCAAAGAAAAAUCGAGCGCUGCUGGUCUUCAGCAACAUUGUCCUCGGUACCCCACUCAAUUAUGGAUGUGUUGAUGGACCCAGCGCAAAACCUGAUCGCCGUCGCGUGUCGUGUUCCUUACGAGAAUGAUCCUCUCACUCGGAUGUUCAAUAUUAAACUUGGAGCCCUAGAUGGUGGUAUUCACCCACAAGCUGCUGGACGGACACUAGUUCUGGUGCCGCCCGAUAGGUUCAGUGCAAUGUCUACGAAGCUCGAGUGUUGUGGGAGGCAUAUAGCCUUGCAGUAUUGCUCGUUUUCUGUACCUGGUGUGACUCGUUGCACGCAAGACUGGCACCUGCAUAUUUGGGAUUGGAAAGAUUCGACGACAUCGAAGAGCUUCCUAUCCUUCCCACCCGACAUCCAGGUUGAUUUCUGUUUCCUUGGAAAUGAUAGGUUGCUCGUUGUCGUUGGCGGCGAUCUGACGGUCUAUUCAAUCGAAGAUAUGUCUCAGACGCCACGUUUGCUGGCGUGUUUCCGAUUGCCAUUCCCAUUGUCGAACAUACAAUGCCUCCUUCCGAUGGAUCAUACCGAACAGAUGCAGAUGCAAGCCCAACCACAAACAGUGACGCACACCUCAGACCCUACACAUCAACUACUAUGCCUCAUUGGGUCAUAUAAUACUUCCACUGUGGUCUUCAUCAUCUCUACGAGGAUUUUCUUCGACCUUGACGAGGUUGCAGCGACAAUGCCGAAACCAUGGGGAUGUUGGGGCCCUUUGAAUACUCGUAUUUUCUGGUAUCUCCAGCAAUGCAAAGUCCACGUUUGUGGAAAUCGAGUUUUGCAGGCUAUCAGGAAGACUACGCCAAAUAAGAGUCGUGUCAAGCACGAAUUACGUCUGAUGGACUUCAGCCCAAUGGCUGUGACAAAUAGGCGGGGUCUUGGGCGUGUGGUUAAAGAGCCGUCUACGAUAAAAACGAGUCACUUGGUGGAGAGCGCCACCGAAGAAGAGAGCUUCGAAAUUACAACAUCCUUGCCUUACGUCGAUGUCGUAUUGGAUAGGAAGAUCAAUGUUCGCGACUUGAAGGGCAUGUGGCUCGACAAGGAUAGGAUUUAUUUGCUCAACGCAAUUGAGGAAAGUCGAGGUUCUUGGUUUCAAUGGCGAUCUAGCAGGUUCAAGGUCAUCGAAGUCUAGAGCAGAGCUCGUCGUAAUCAUAUAUGUCAGCUGAGCACAAUAUUGGUAGUUACUUAUGAAGAUAGAUUGUAUCCCACUUCUGGCGUAAGCACGUCAUUGAGUGCGCCCAUGCGACCAACGCAUAGCCGACCACCUCCCGAAGAACCGCGGGAGUUGUCCAAGAUAGCUGUUCUUUUCCAAUCAAUGGUUCAUGGAACAAUUCGUCGUUCCUUACAGGCACUUGUAAAGGCUGUAAUUCUUAUCCUCCGGAUCCCUUGAUUUGGCGGAACAAGAUUACGGAAAAUAAGUAACGCUGAGGCGCUCAAUCUUUGUGACCCUGUUUCCAAGCUCGCUGUUUUGAGAUUGACGAAUUUUGCACCUGAG